CAGGUCAAAGAUCAAGGGAAGUUUAUUCUAAAUCAGUUAUGUCUAGAAAUCAACGGUCUGGAAAUUGUUACAUCCAAAGAUUCAACCAAUGAUGUCAUACUAUGUCACAACAAAAGAACCAGCCAUCAGUUUAUGUCCCUCCCAAGAACCGCUAUAUGCAGGUGUACCACAGUGGUUGUGUUUACAACUAUGUACUGACAAUGUUCCAGUCAAAUCAGGUGAUGUGAUGAAAAUCAAGACUCCACAAAGUACUUGUAUCAUGAAGAGUAGCACUGAUUUGUACCAUAUAAAUCCCACUGAGUAUGGCGGUGUAUUAUAUCUACCUGAUAUACCUGCUAACAGUCAAAUGGAUGUUGAGAUUCAGCUAAUGGCUGCAAUGCCAGACAGUAAAGAAAAUGUGGAACAACUGAUAAACAGUCAGCUUGAUUUUGAUUGUCCAUGGUCUGAAGAAAUUACCUGUGAUUUAAACUUCCAGUUACCAUUUACUACCAACCAUCAUCUGCACACUGCAGGUCUAAGGAAAUUUAUCCAACUAAAAAUAGAGAGUUUAAGUGAUUUGGAAUUCUCACUUCAAGAACCUGUUCUGUCUAUUACCACGGUAACUGGUGAUUCCGUCAAAGCUACUGCAAUGCAUAAGAACACUGACAUGCAACUGAUGCACAAUACACCUAUAUCGUAUGUGUGGACCUUAGACAGUACAAUGGAAAACGGUCAUUUAGAUUGCAAAUUUGAAGUUAAUUACAAGCUAUUACAAGAGGAAACCAACAGUACGAUGCAACGCUGUUGUCAUGCAUUCUCACUGCAUAGUCACCAGACUGAAUAUGUCAUAGAAAGUGAGGUGAAAGCACAGUCCACAUCAAACUGCAAGGCUGGUACAUUGUGUAACUUGCAUUUCCAUAUCACACAAGUCCACGAUGUUUCCACUAAUGUCAAGAACACUUUACUGUAUGAGAUUGUAUCAAGUGCUAGUCUGUGGGCAGUCUGUGGAAAAAGUUCUGGUGUCUUUACGUUACCUGCUGUGGCUGAUGCAUCACAUGAUAUUAAUCUAGAGGUCAUGCCAUUAAUUGCUGGAUAUAUACCUGUACCUAGUAUGAAAUUAUCUAGGUACCUAUCUGAAGAUACCCCACUAACAGAUAAUGCAAUCCAAGAAGCUGAACCUCAAGAUUGCAAGAUGAACAAUGAUGAUACAAAUAAACCACAGCUUGAAGAGUUUGGUGUUGGUCAGAUUUAUAACAUUAGCAGAACAGUUCAAGUUCAUGUCAUGCCUGAAUCUAAUACAAGCACUGUUGAAGUUAGUGUACCUCAGUAGUUCUUGCAUCUCAAGUAGGGGCCAACAUAAUGUGUGCAAUUUGGCUGUUAAGCAGCUGCCUAGCUAAACAAAAAUUAGAAACUUACCAAAGUAAUAAGAAGUCUAUGACUUAUACACAAGCUGAAGGACAUAAAGACAAAACAUAACUAGACAUUAAGACGAACAUUUAAGACAAGACAGCAAGGCAAGACACCAAGAAAAUACAUCAAGACUAGACAGCAAUACAAUAUAUUAUAAUACAAGACAUGACAGGACAGGAUUCAGAGGGAUAUUGAAAUCUUGAAAUAAAUGGGAUGUAGAGUAGUGAUGGCAGGAGUGAAAAUGAUGAUGAGGAAAAUAUGAUGAUCAUUCAAAAAGAAAUUAUUGUGACAGUGAUGAAGUAGGUUGAGAGAUAACCUUAGAUGGGGGAAGAUGUUAUCACGUCACAAACAAGGGGAUUAUAUUUUAUGGGCUAGUAUUGUUGUUUGUUUACUCUACUUCAUGGAUUUAUAAACUUCUGUAAUCUACUAAAUAGUAUUAAAUCUAUAGAAUAUGAAAACAAUCAUCGAAAACUGUUGAUAAUUUGAUAAAGAUAUUUGUUUUUUGUUUUUGCUUUUGCAAUAAUUUACCGAAAUUAUCAAUAUUUUUUAAAAUUUAUUUGACAACAUUUUUCAUCAUGGGUAUACAUGUAUGGUGGACGGGUUAGCGUGAUUCACAAAUCACAAACCAUGAAUAAAACAAAAUAACAGAUCAACAAAUUACAGUUCAACAAAUUCAAUACAAAAUGUGGAUCACCAUUAGUGCAAUGUUUUCAAGUAUUGCUGUUGUCAGUAUUUAUGCCUAGCUGCCAAGUUUAAUAUAUUGUUUUGUAAUAAUAAUUUUCUUUUAAAAUGCUUCAAACCUCAUACCAAGCCUUACACUACACACUUCUCACCCCAGCCCUAAUUUCUCCCCUAGUAAUGCCUAAUCCUAAAUCAAUGUUAUAUGUAAUUAAAAAUGGCAAACCUACUAGUAUUUUACACCACUGGUUAUGCUUUAUUAUUACAUGUAUUACGCUUUGUAGUCCACACUUUUUCUGAGAUUUAUUUAGUGAUUUGUUCAUUCAUUAAUUAAAUCUUACCCAUGGUGAACACAUGAUCAUUACUUUAUUCGUCAUGACAAUUUAUUUGACAUGGCUACUUUUUGUGCAAACAUUGGCAAAGAGACAGAAAAACUGCUUUAGAAAGUAUAUUGUUUUGCAGCUAUCAAGAUGUAUGUAUAUGUGUUUUAGGCAUUUAUUUAUUGAAACUUUUACUGCAUGGUUAUGAGAGUGAACAUUCCUUCUGCUGCAUCCAUUCAUGUUCAAGUUUAUGUGAAGCAGACUUUCUGGUGACUGAAAGUGUAGUAUAGUAUGUACACUUAAAUAAAUUGAAAUUA